AAAUUGAUGGUGCGCCAAACAUCACCUGAAUUUUAAUGAAAUUUUAAUGAAAUUCCUGAAAUUUGAACUUCCUGAAAUUCUAUGGAUUUCAGUAUAUGGCCAAAUUAUACAGUAGAUUUCUAUAGAUUCAAGCUCCUUGCUUUGGAUGUGAAGAGGUUGCUCCGAGCCCACGAACGAACAAAUUCGGCCACUUCAUGGCUUCCACAGUAUCUUUUACUCUUCCACUUUCCUAUCACAACCUCCCUAGAAGGCACAUAUUUCUACCUCUUGUUCCGCUCAAUUAUCCCUCGUCUGGAUAUAAAAUCGCUUCUAAUUCGAAAUCUCUCAGCAAAAUAUCUAAUUCACCGUCGUCUCGUGUUUAUGCCGUGACAGAACAUGCUGCAGUGUUUCCAUCAGCGUCGUCUUCAUCCAAAGUCGUUCUUGUUGUUGGCGGCACCGGUGGCGUUGGACAGUUAAUCGUAGCAUCAUUGUUAAAUCAAAGCAUCAAAGUGAGGCUCAUACUUCGGGAUCUUAUGAGAGCAAGUGCUCUGUUUGGAAAACAGGAUGAUGAAAAAUUACAGAUAUGGAAGGCUGAUACACGGAACCCAGUGGAGUUAGAUCCAUCCAUGUUUCAGGGUGUAACACAUGCUAUAUGCUGUCUGGGAACUACAGCUUUUCCUUCAAGAAGGUGGGGUGGAGAUAACACACCUGAAAGAGUAGAUUGGGAGGGUGUGAGAAAUCUUGUUUGUGCAUUGCCUCGAUCAUUGAAGAGAAUUGUUCUUGUGUCAUCAAUAGGCGUUACAAAAUCCAGUGAACUGCCUUGGAGCAUCAUUAACCUUUUUGGUGUUCUGAAGUAUAAGAAGAUGGGUGAAGAUUUUGUUUGCAAGUCUGGUCUCCCAUUCACUAUAAUAAGAGCUGGUAGAUUGACAGAUGGACCAUACACAUCAUAUGAUCUGAACACUCUUCUACAGGCAACAGCAGGGGAGCGGCGUGCCGUUCUGAUAGGUCAAGGGGAUAAACUUGUUGGAGAAGCCAGUAGGCUAGUGAUUGCAGAAGCUUGCUUACAGGCCCUGGACAUAGACUUGACAGAGGGUCAAAUAUAUGAAAUAACCUCUAUCCCGGGUGAGGGACCGGGAAGUGAUAAGGAAAAGUGGGAAGAGUUGUUUAAAGCUGCUCAUACCAAAUAAUCAACUACAAUCUCUUCCACACCUUUCUUCUUGCCUACUUGCAGCUAUUAGUUAUGGCUAGUGAAAGCUCAGAGCCUCAGACGAAAUAUACAUAUUCCAGCCUAGAUCAUCUGUAGCCCUGGGGUCGAGGUGGCUGACUGCUUGAGAGUCAAUCAUGUAGACGGUUGAAAUACCUUUAACGAUAAAAUGGGUCGUGUAAAUCAUUCGGAGUCGGGAUUUAUGAUUUUUUAGAAAAUAAACAUUGCCUAAACAUUGGGAAAUUUAAGAUUACUUGUCCUCUCAAUUUUGAAGAGCAUUAAACAUUCUCUGGAGAGACUAUAAACAAGAUGUGAAACUCAAUUUUAGAAUGUGCACAUGAGAAACUUCAAUGUAAUACUAGUAAUUUAUAUCAUGGAUAUUUAUGCAAACAAGUGUCAAUACUUGACUUUAUGGUUAC